UUUGGCAAGCAACGUAUUGAACUUUCCGAGUUGAAAAAUAAGCAAACCACUCAACAUGACGCCGACAGCGAAGACGAACUUGACAAUGGUGCUGAACUGUCUUUUGAGUACCAUUGCAAGAUAACAGAGUAUGAUAAUUCACUAGAUUCGCUGCGUGACUACGAGAAGAAAGACUUUCACCUCUCCGACAUAUGUGACUUUAUCAAGGUGGGCGUGCAAGCCAUCGUCGACGAUGAGGUCACCAAAAGAUUUGAUGCUGAAGAGCUACCUUCCUGGAACUUGCUUACACGAACAAACAAAAAGUACACACACCUUUCACUCCGCCUCACCAUUCUGUGGGGCAUCGGAUGUGUGAUACGAUACUUUAUUUUAUUUCCCACCCGCAUCAUCGUUACCAUUAUUUCCGUCUCAUGGCUCAUCAUUUGCACUGCGGUCAUCGGCUGCUUGCCCGAUGGCGUCUUCAAGAGGACAAUCUACUGGCACUCCAGUUUAGUUUGCUUCCGAGUCAUGGCCAGGGCUUUCUCAGGCAUAGUCACAUUUCAUGAUCGCCAUAAUAUGGCCAAACCAGGCGGCAUUACUGUUGCCAAUCACACUAGUCCAAUAGAUGUCUCCAUUUUAGCUUGCGACAACUGCUAUGCUCUUGUCGGCCAGAGGCAAGGUGGAUUCUUAGGCGUGCUGCAAAGUGCCCUUCAACGAGCGUCAAAUCACAUUUGGUUUGAACGAUUUGAAAUUAAAGAUCGUCAGUUAGUGACGCAGCGUUUGAAAGAGCAUGUGAAUCACAUGAACAAUCUUCCCAUUCUCAUCUUUCCCGAGGGAACUUGUAUAAACAAUUCUGCUGUGAUGAUGUUUAAAAAAGGUUCAUUUGAAGUGAACGGAACUGUCUAUCCAGUUGCCAUUAAAUAUGACCAACGAUUUGGCGACCCAUUCUGGAACAGUAGUAAACACGGUUACAUGUACUACUUGAUGUUAAUGAUGACAAGCUGGGCGAUUGUUUGUGAUGUCUGGUACUUGCCACCGAUGACAAAAAUGGACGGUGAAAGUGCAAUUGAUUUUGCAAAUCGAGUCAAGUCGGUCAUUGCCAAGAAAGGCGGCUUAGUCGACCUGCAAUGGGACGGCCAACUGAAGCGCAUCAACGUCAAGGAUGAAUGGAAGGAGAAAAAGCAGGAAGAGUUUAGCAAGAAGAUCAAAUUUUCCUGA